AUGGCAGCAAACCAGAGUAUCAAGGAACUCUUGGCCGCUGAGAAUAAAGCGUCAAAGAUCAUUAGUGAGGCACGACAAGAACGUGGCGAGCGAUUGAAACAGGCGAAAUUCGAGGCAGAAGCUGAAAUUACUGCCUAUCGUAAGCAAAUGGAGCAAUCAUUUCAAAUGAGUAAUAAUAACGAUUUGAUGGGAAAUGACCCAAAUAUUUUAGAAGAAGAAACCCAGCGCGAGAUUCAAACAAUGCAAACCGAGUUCUACCAGAACAAACAAGCGGUGAUUGCCUUAAUGGGACAACACGCUGUGCGUGUGCAAAUCCGUGUACCUGAAGCGCGUAAAGCGUAG